AUGGCUACUCGAGAUAUAACACGACAAUUUCUUCAGUUGCGCGCAGAUGAGAAGGCAAAGGUUCUGCGACGCAAGAACAUAGUGAGCCAUCGCGAAGAGGGCAGUGCGCUUAUAAAGAGCGAAGAACAGGAAGUUGCUAGCGUUGUGAUCGCCCCUGUCUGGGUCGAUGUUGUUAAUGUUACUAAUCAGCACGUGACUCGCAUCAAAGGAAUGAUGGAAAAGCUUAACAAAUUACAUGCAAAUCGGCUGAUGGUGCGCUUUGAUGGCCAGGAGUCCAAAUAUGAGCGAGAAAUUGAUCAGCUGACACAAGACAUAACGGACGAGUUCAGGAAUGCCGAGAAGGGGCUGCGACGCAUGGCGCAGAGUGACCGAAACGGGGAAUUUUCGGCCGCUGAUGCAAAAACAAGACAAAAUGUGCAGAGAGCUUUGGCAACGCAACUUCAGACGCUAUCGGGUGAUUUUCGAAAAUCACAAAAGACUUACCUCACACGUGUUAAGAACCAGAAAGAGGGUCCUGUCGAAUUUGACUUUUUAGCAGAAAAUGAAACCAAGCAGAAUAGGCGUGGUGGAGCAGACACAGGAUUUACACAAGCUCAAAUCACAGAGGUGGAAAUUGCUGAGGAUGUCAUCAAUGAGCGUGACCAAGAAAUACAGCGCAUUGCCACAUCCAUCACGGAGCUGGCAACAAUAUUUAAGGAACUGGCUGUGCUAGUAAUUGACCAAGGUACAAUUUUGGACCGCAUUGACUAUAAUAUGGAGCAAGUGGUGGAACAGACGGAGAAAGGUAUCGAAGAGUUGGAGAAGGCUGAAGAGACUCAGAAAAAUAGUCGCCCUAUGAAAUGUAUUGGUCUGCUGCUUGUUAUGAUCUUCAUAAUGACAGUACUGCUAGUGCUUAAACACUCUGUGUUGGGUCUUAUGCUGAACGAGCCUGAGCAGCAACUGCAAGCGCUCAUGCGCUCGUUGCGCCUAUUUGUAGAUACUCUGCGGGACAUCAAAAACACAGAAGACAAUGAUGCCAUAGCUAGCAACAUUGUGAAGGCCGUACGUAAGUUCUGUGAAUUACCGGAGGCGUCGAACGGUCUCCAAUUGCAAGAUGAAGCGUGGCGGCACGGCCUUGUGCCAACAUUCCAGCGACUGUAUGUUUGUAUGACACGUCUCGACGAACUGGAGGCAAUGGAAACAGAGGUACGAUUCGAGCAGCGAACGUCUCGAGGAGAUGAGAAGCCCAAAGCGCCUGCAGGCCUGUUAAGUCUGCGCGAUUAUUCGGUAUUGCAGGCGGCUGUCGAGCUGCUCUUUUGUUGGACUGCAUACCCUCGUGUAGCUGCUGGCAUUCUUAUCCCUAUUGAGAAGAGGAGACCGACACGUACAUUAAAAAUUUCCAAGAACGUUUUAUUGUGGGGAUAUCGCGAAUAUGGUCGAGAAAAUGCUUACAAAGCCAAGCUUUCUCCCACGACUGCGGAAACACUGAAUGAGCUACUGCUGAUUUCUAAAUCAAUGUUGCAGUUGCUGUUGUUGCCGCAGUUUCAGCCUAUUUUGUUGCCCACCUACGUAGUGGAUUUACUAGCUUUGCUAGUAUAUGGUGAGGUUGCGACGGAUACGCCGGCACCUACACUUAUUCAAAAAGACAUAAUUGGAUUACGAGAAAUGUUGCUAAAGAUAUUACCAUUACGGAUGGCUAUUAGCAGUCUGCGUGGAGCAUUAGGUCAGGCAGCACCCGUAGACGAGGUAGGCAAAAAAUUCAAGGCGCGCUGUGGUACUAUAUUGUCGAGGUUGCUGAUGGAGGACGGUGGUAUUGUGGCGACGAUUGAGUCUUUUCUCGGAUCGGUUGAGGAAGGAAACACGCAGGCCAGAAUGCAAGUUGCUACUUUGAUCUGUCAAAGUCCUAGUGGAGAAGGGUCUGAAGAAUAUCCCACUGCUUUGUGCGCACAAGUUUGCAAGCUCCUACUUGCGGCGGUGACCCCUGAAAAUGGAAUUAGUAAACUGAUUGGGGAAAUGGCAGCAUUGUUGGCCGAUCAGCUAGCGACUCGCCAUCCAAUACUAUUCGACACGCAGAUUUUGUCAGUCCUGUUCCACCCGCUUCUGAUUUAUGAAGAUAGUCGAUUGAGCAAAAGCUUUUCGUUGGGAGAUACCAGCGAAGAGGCGCUAAAUCGCUGUGUGAGCAUUGUACAAUUGCUGCUUUGCGGCCCACCACCCUCUCAAGAUAUUCUACAAGCACUUGCUCCAAUUAUUCGUCCACUCUUACAUAUGUACGCGUUCGCUGUAACCAGCAAAAGUUUUCUCGCGACACCACUUCGUGCAUCACUUAUUUCUUUUAUUCGAUCGUGCUCAAAUGCAGCACUACUUCUUCAAAUGGCAGUACUCCCCGUAACAGUUCCUCUGCGGCCGUCUCUAUUGACUCAGGGUUAUGAGAGAACGCACAAUAAAAUGCCAUGGACACCGUUGCGUGAAUUUUGUGCGGGAGGAAAUGGUGGUGUAUCUCUUCGACUGGUAUCAUCGUCUCAUUCGACUCAAGGAGUAAAAUCUGACCCAAUCGAGUCAUUGAAGGGUAUGAUUAUACCGAUCGUGGAGCUCUUAGGACAUGAGAAUCUUGAAAGCUCACAUGUUGUAGGGGAUCUCUUCGCUUCGCUACUUUUGACAUAUAUGCACUUUCGGAAGAAUGGUGAAGCAGAAAGCAUUCACGUAUUUGCUAAAAACGGUACUACGACCCAUCCACUUGCAUUGUAUGAUUCUGUGAAAAACCCGACAAGUACUGAAGGUAUCCAGAUGAUUUUGCUCCUGUUAGUGACACUGAUCGAACGCUUGGGCCCAUCCGUGCUUCGUAGUGCCGAUGUAGUACUCCAGUGUAUCGGAACUGUGUUACGUACAUAUGAUACACCUACAUCUAAGCUUGUAGAUGAAGAAGAGCAGAACAAAUGUGAAGUAGAUUUAAAAGAAGAAGGAGAUGAGAUCCUGGCAAUCUGUCUUGGUGUGGCUUUAACAAUCCUCGAAGCCGGUUCGUCUAAUCGUAGUGAGUCAGAAGAGCAGCAUCUUCGUGCAAUGCUUCCUGUAUUAGAAACUUUGUCUUGCCACUCGCGGCCUGAAAUCGCAGAGCUCGCAAGUACCGCGCGUGCCCAUAUUCUAAGCCGGGAAGCGAAAGGUGUUCCAGCUACUAAAGGAGACGAACAAAGUUUUGAAGAAGUUCUUCAGAGUGCUGAACAAGAUUUUUUAAGUAAGUUGGUACCGCUGCGUGCGCGUGGUGUUGUCACGCUUACAAAACUUGUGCGUCGGAGCCAUAUGCAUAACCAUGAUACAGAGUGGACACCGCGAGUACAUGCAUUAGCACGUGUCUUUCUGCUAAAGUUACACGACUCCGAAAGUUAUGUGUACCUCGCUGCUGUCCAAGGACUAGCAGCACUUGCGGACGCACACCCUGAUGUAGCAAUACCUGUUCUAGUGAAGGCGCUGCGAGAUACGACCAACCCUUUAGAAAUUCGCAUAAAAUUAAGCGAAGCACUUUUAUUUGCCGCAAGACGAUGUGGCGAAACUCUGCCCGCAUACAGCAAAUUAUUCGUUUAUGCAUACCUCGAUUGCAUUCGUGCACCAUUUUCUCAGAGAGAGCAUGAAGAGCGUUUUCAGGAAUCGGUGGUCAAGCGAACUCAACUUAUUCAAGAAGUGCUGAGUGAAAAUAAGAAAGUGGAAGAAGUGCCACAUCGACGAAGUGAAGAAGAGCUUCUCGCCACUGCCACCCUUCGUGCGAGUUGUCUGUCAAACCUAGCAGAAGUGUGUGCCUUGCUGCAGUGGGGGCUGCAACCUUUCUUACUAGAUGUACUCACUUGCGUUUUCGGUGUUCUUCAACUGGAGUUGGAGCAAACGUCAACUCAUUACUUGAAGUCUGGUAGUAACAAAGCUUCUGAGAACGACGAGCAACAAAAAGUUUGGAAGCAUCAAGAAGAAGAGAAGCAACAGCGUAUAGUGGCAGUACGACGCGGAGCGGUUUUCGUACUGCGGUACCUUGUGGAAAUGCUUGGUUGGAAGAUGUUGGAGCUCAUGCCGGAUCAGUUAUCACCUCUAUACCAUACGCUCAAACACGUGGCUCAUAUCGAUCGGGAUAGUGUAGUAAUCUUUCACGCUGCACGCGCACUGAGCGCAUUAAAUGAAGUCAUGCGAGCCGAGCUAUUUCCACUCGUGGAGCACCAAGAUGAAGUUUUCGGCAUCUCAAGCUUACGCAUUCUUUGA